CAACUGAGCCACACCAGCCAGGGCUUCUAUAUUUGCCUGAGCCUUCCCUGGCUCCCGCGUGCUCUCGGCGACCCAAAUUGAGCGUCCGUGCAUAACGAACUACAUUUCCCAUCGGUCUCUUCGUUAGACACCUUACAUUUCCGGUCACAUGCGACAUCAUCUAGCCCUAGGAUCGUUCCCGGCCCCGCCCUCCUGCCGCUCGGGCUCGGGGCUUGACUCUCCGCUGACGUCACGGGCUUGCAGCCCUCCCCUCUCACCCACUGCUGAACAGUCCCGGUCUCCGGGAGAGGGCGUGGCCUCUGAACGAUCGUAACGCCCAUUGGCUGUCGCGUCGCCGGGCUACGGGAGCCGGGCGGGCACAUUUCGAACAGUGGUUGGGGCGGCGGCGGCGGCCACGAAGGAUGCACCCGGCAGGCUUGGGGGCGGCGGGGACUCCCCGGCAGCGUAAGUGGCCCUCGAAGCGGAGGAUCCCUGUGUCCCAGCUGGGCAUGACUGACCCCCACCAGCUUUUCGAUGACACAAGUUCCGCCCAGAGCCGGGGCUAUGGGGCCCAGCGCGGGCCCAGCGGCCUGGGCUACCCUACAGCUUCUGCCUCGCCCCAGGCAGCCUUCCUGGCUGAUCCUGUGUCCAACAUGGCCAUGGCCUAUGGGAGCAGCCUAGCCGCGCAGGGCAAGGAGCUAGUGGAUAAGAACAUCGACCGCUUCAUCCCCGUCACCAAGCUCAAGUAUUACUUCGCUGUGGACACCCUAUACGUGGGCAAAAAGCUGGGCCUGCUCUUCUUCCCCUACCUGCACCAGGACUGGGAGGUGCAGUACCAGCAGGACACGCCGGUGGCCCCCCGCUUUGACGUCAACGCUCCGGACCUCUACAUUCCAGCUAUGGCUUUUAUCACCUAUGUCCUGGUGGCUGGCCUGGCACUGGGGACCCAGGACAGGUUCUCCCCGGAUCUCCUAGGCUUACAGGCCAGCUCGGCGUUGGCCUGGCUGACAGUGGAGGUGCUGGCCAUCCUGCUCAGCCUCUACCUGGUCACCGUCAACACUGACCUCACCACCAUCGACCUGGUGGCCUUCUUGGGCUAUAAAUACGUCGGGAUGAUUGGCGGGGUCCUCAUGGGCCUGCUCUUUGGGAAGGUUGGCUACUACCUGGUGCUGGGCUGGAGCUGCGUGUCGAUCUUUGUGUUCAUGAUCCGGACGCUGCGGCUGAAGAUCCUGGCGGAGGCCGCGGCCGAGGGAGUCCCGGUGCGCGGAGCGCGGAACCAGCUGCGCAUGUACCUGACCAUGGCCGUGGCGGCGGCGCAGCCUCUGCUCAUGUACUGGCUCACCUUCCACCUGGUGCGGUGAGGGCGCCCCGCCUCUGACCUCUGCUCCUGGCGGCGCCUCUCCGGACCCCUGCCGGCCUCCCUCAGCCGGCUGUGCUCCAGGCCCUGCCCCUCCCCCAGCCCGAGACCCUCCCGCCCCGCCGGUGCUGAGAUCCCGGCUGCACCAGCUGCGUCCCCGCGGGCGG